CAAAAAUGGCACUGUGGCAGACGUCAGGCGGGGAGAUGUCGAGUCUUGUCUUGUGUUGAAAAAAUAAUUAAUUUGUCGACGUUAUGUGUUAAUAAUUAUGUGAAUAAUGAGAUGAAAGUGUAAAUAAAUGUUAGAUUAGUGUUCGCUAGUGAUUAUGGCGCAUAGUGGUGGUGUUUUGAGUUCAGAUAUAUCGCGUAGAAACCCUCAAGAUGAGUAUGAACUCAUUCAGAGAAUCGGAUCUGGGACCUAUGGCGAUGUGUACAAGGCCAAAAGGCUUAACGGCAACGGAGAGCUGGCCGCCAUCAAGGUGAUCAAGCUGGAGCCAGGCGAUGACUUCGCCAUCAUCCAGCAGGAGAUCCUGAUGAUGAAAGACUGCAGGCAUCCAAACAUCGUCGCGUACUAUGGCUCCUACCUCAGAAGAGAUAAGCUGUGGAUCUCCAUGGAGUAUUGUGGAGGAGGCAGCUUGCAGGACAUCUACCACGUCACCGGCCCGCUGACGGAGCUCCAGAUAGCUUACAUGUGCCGGGAGACGCUCACCGGCCUGUCGUACCUGCACAGUAUGGGGAAGAUGCAUCGUGACAUCAAGGGCGCGAAUAUCCUGCUGACAGAGUGUGGGGACGUCAAACUGGCGGACUUCGGGGUGUCAGCCCAGAUAACAGCCACUAUCAACAAGAGGAAGUCCUUCAUUGGAACUCCUUAUUGGAUGGCGCCGGAGGUAGCAGCGGUGGAGAGGAAAGGUGGUUACAAUCAACUCUGUGAUAUUUGGGCGUGUGGCAUAACUGCUAUAGAGCUAGCCGAACUCCAACCACCGAUGUUCGAACUCCAUCCAAUGAGGGUGCUGUUCCUCAUGUCGAAAUCCGGCUUCAAGCCGCCGCAGCUGAAGGAGCGCGAGCGCUGGUCGCAGCUGUUCCACGCCUUCCUCAAGCUGGCGCUCACCAAGAACCCCAAGAAGCGGCCCACAGCCGACAAGCUGCUGCAGACACUCAGUGUCAUGGCCAUGUUCUUAGAUACUCUCAGUGUUAUGGCCAUGUCCUUAGAUACGCUCAGUGUCAUGACCAUGUCCUUAAAUACUUUUAGACACACGCUCUCUCCUUUUCAUCUACGUCACUUUAAGAUCAGGUCGGGCUUCAAGCCGCCGCCGCUGAAGGAGCGCGAGCGCUGGUCGCAGCUGUUCCACGCCUUCCUCAAGCUGGCGCUCACCAAGAACCCCAAGAAGCGGCCCACAGCCGACAAGCUGCUGCAGGCCAAAAGGCUUAACGGCAACGGAGAGCUGGCCGCCAUCAAGGUGAUCAAGCUGGAACCAGGCGAUGACUUCGCCAUCAUCCAGCAGGAAAUCCUGAUGAUGAAGGACUGCAGGCACCCAAACAUCGUCGCGUACUAUGGCUCCUACCUCAGAAGAGAUAAGCUGUGGAUCUCCAUGGAGUAUUGUGGAGGGGGUAGCUUGCAGGACAUCUACCACGUCACCGGACCCCUGACGGAGGUUCAGAUAGCUUACAUGUGCCGGGAGACGCUCACCGGCCUCUCGUACCUGCACAGUAUGGGGAAGAUGCAUCGUGACAUCAAGGGCGCGAAUAUCCUGCUGACGGAGUGCGGGGACGUCAAACUGGCGGACUUCGGGGUGUCAGCUCAGAUUACGGCCACCAUCAACAAGAGGAAGUCCUUUAUUGGCACUCCAUAUUGGAUGGCGCCGGAGGUGGCAGCGGUGGAGAGGAAAGGUGGUUACAAUCAACUCUGUGAUAUUUGGGCGUGUGGCAUAACUGCUAUAGAGCUAGCCGAACUGCAGCCACCGAUGUUCGAACUCCAUCCAAUGAGGGUGCUGUUCCUCAUGUCGAAGUCCGGCUUCAAGCCGCCGCAGCUGAAGGAGCGUGAGCGCUGGUCGCAGCUGUUCCACGCCUUCCUCAAACUGGCGCUCACCAAGAACCCCAAGAAGCGGCCCACAGCCGACAAGCUGCUGCAGCACACGGGCCGCGGCCGCCGUGUGUUAGCCGACCAAGCGGCGGCUCGGCCCACGACGCGUCCGCGCAGCUUGCUGCCAGAGAGAGACGUGUCUGGAGACGCAUCCGCUGUGGCUAGGACUGCCAGACUUCCUGAUGAGGGUCGCGUCAGCUCCCGGUACGACGACUCGCCGAUCAUAGACCUGGACGCGGAAGACGACCUGUCCCGCCAGAAUCUGUUCCCGGGACUACCUGCCCGGACCACCAAUGUGGGAGACACGGUCAAACGAAACGUGUACCAUAGACAAUCGAGCGAAGACUGGAGCGUAGCGUCCCUAAUGAGUUGUCCCAAGCACAACCCACUGCAGGACCUCGCAACAGAUACGAUGCCAUCUAGCGAAAAGAGCCUCUUGCAAUAUAUUGACGAAGAAUUAAUGCUAAGGGCAACACUGCCGCUUACGGCUGACACCGCGGCGAUGGCGCAAGCUGGCAACCCCGGGCUGUCAACGCACAUACACGACCAGCACCUCUCACAAUGCAUUCAAUUGAAGCAAAACUUCCUUAACAACUCCACCACGAAUAUCUAUCAAAAUCUAGCGUCGAAUUUCCAAAGUCCUAUAGGAGCUUCUAGAGUGUCAAUCGACGAUCCUUUAUGUAGGAAAAUGGGGGAGACAGACAUCAUGUAUGUUGAUCAACCGGAGAGUGACGCAAUCGUCGACUCGCCACAGAUUAGGAACGCGAAUUGCGAGUGUGGUCUAUGCCCAAAACCAGAGCCAAGAGACGACAACACGCUAAGCGACUUACAGAGAUCUGUGGCGUCCAAAUGCUCCUGCGACGCUUGCAAUUCUAAUGGAGAUAUACUUAGUUACUACCGCAACUGUUCUAAGCAAACCUCCGACUCGGGGAUCGUGCACUGUGAUAUUUGUAAAAAGCAAAAGAUAUCCGUGUCCAACUUCAGAGCGCUACAAAUAGCGAAUCGUUUACGCAUAGCUGACGAUAAGUUAGAAAACGGCGGUCAAUCGGACGACGAUUUGUGUAGGAAAAUAGAUAUGAGUUUAGAUAUGGACGAUAAGAAUUAUGAGCAUAGAAAGAGGCAUAAUAGGCAUAAUUCUGAUUCAGUGACAGCUGGUAUAGACUUGAGUCAAUUCUGUCAGUGCGAGUUGGAAAAUAAUAAACGGAAAACGUCGUCUGUGGACGAGAUAUUCAAUAUGGUGGAUGAGGAGAAGGCUAAGAAAGAGUUGAGUGAAGAGGAGAUGAAGGUCAGCCAAAGACAGAGGAGUCUGUCGGAUAGUCAGAGGGACAAGGCGAAAGUGGAGAAUAAAGUGGACGUGUCGAACAGCGCGGCGCCGGUGGUGCCCCCGCGAAGGGGGCGGGGCCGGCGCGCGCACACGCCCCCACGCCCCGCCCCCAACGGGUUGCCGCCCACGCCCAAGGUGCAUAUGGGGGCUUGCUUCUCCAAGGUAUUCAACGGCUGCCCGCUCAGGAUAAACUGUACAGCCUCCUGGAUACAUCCCGACACGAGGGAUCAACACAUACUCAUUGGUGCUGAAGAAGGCAUCUAUACUCUGAACCUCAACGAACUCCACGAGACGGCGAUGGACCAGCUGUGUCCGCGGCGCACCAUCUGGCUGCACGUCAUCAAGGAUGUUCUCAUGUCCUUAUCCGGCAAGACACCCUCCUUAUACCGGCACGAGCUCCUAGCGUUAAUCGGAAGCGCGCGCGGCGGUCGUUCGCUACGGGUCUUACCGCCCAGGCUGUUACCUCGUCGCUUCGCUCUGACUACUCGCGUGCCGGAUACUAGAGGCUGUGUGAGAUGUGCGGUGGCGAGGAACCCAUACAACGGCUACAAAUACCUGUGCGGGGCCACUCCGGCUGGACUGUUCUUGAUGCAGUGGUACGACCCGCUACGGAAGUUUAUGCUGCUCAAGAAUAUCGAGUGUGUCCUGCCGUCUCCAUUAGCGGCCUUCGAGCUGAUCAUCACGCCGGAGCUGGAAUACCCGCUGCUAUGCGUCGGUGCCACCAGGAGCCCUGUGCGCUUGCACCUGCUCAACAUCAACUCCGGUCAGUUUGAAGAAUGUAUCCUAAGGGGGGGAUUUGGCCUCGAGUGUGUCCUGCCGUCUCCAUUAGCCGCCUUCGAGCUGAUCAUCACGCCGGAGCUGGAGUAUCCGCUGCUAUGCGUCGGCGCCACCAGGAGCCCUGUGCGCCUGCACCUGCUCAACUUCAACUCCGGAGCGACGUGGUUCCACUCUGACGAGUUAGAAGCUUGCGUGGGCAGUUCCAAUACGGUCAUCCCGCGCGCUGAAAGACUACACACUUUAAGAGCAGUACAUCAGUUGAAUAAGGAUGCUGUGCUAGUAUGCCACGAGAACGUAGUGGACAUAAUCCCAGUGCUGCCGCCGUCGUUGGAGUCCCGCUGGCGCGACGACGACCGCCGCCGGAACAAGCUAGUCUCGCGCAUACAGUUUGACUUCAACAUCGAUAGUAUACUAUGCCUGGCGGAUUCGGUGCUAGCGUUCCACCGGCACGGCGUGCAAGGCCGGUCGUUACGUCACGCUGACGUCACGCAGGAGAUAACGGACCACUCGCGAGCGUAUCGCCUGCUGGGGCACGACAAAGUGGUGGUGUUGGAGUCGCAUAUUCUCCAAAACAACACGCUGUCCAGCGAAGACGGUAACGACCUCUACAUUCUAGCAGGACACGAAGCCUCCUAUUGAUUCUACAGUAGACUCACUUAGGGUAGUGGGAAUACAGUAGCAUUUUGAACCUUAACGACCUGUCUUAAGGUCGAAAAGUGUAGGAGAAAAAGGAGGUAAAAAUGUACUGUAGAAAGUCUACAGAUUGAGAUCUUGGACUGUCAUUUGACGUAGAAAUGCCCGCAGUCCAAGCAUAGACACGGAGUUAUAUUUUAUCGCGAAUUAAUAAAUGCUUAACGCGGAUUCUGAUAAUAAAAACGUAUGGUGUAGAUUGUCUAUGGAUUAUUGAAAUCCAAAAUGUAGGUUGUAGAGCUGGCACAAAUUAUUCAAAAUUUGAAUUUGGAAUCGUGAAAAAACGAACGUAAGACGCACAUUCGAAUUUCAAAACGUUGAGACGUCUAGCGGAUUUUUUUUGGAACUUAAACAGCGACAGUUGUGAAAUCUGGCAUAGACUAACGAAGUAAUGCGGACUCGAGUAAGACUUCGUUCGUUUCAUACUCGCCAGCUCUCUCAGACUAAAGUACCUAAAUAAAAGUUAUCGGUCAGUAAAAAUAAAUUUAAUUAUAAUUACAUGAGUGAGAUAUUAGGAUUUAAUCUUUAAACGUAUGUCCCGUUCGGUGUCGUAAAUUAUAAAUGAUUUAUACAGGGUGGCUAGUUCAUCGUAGAAUAACGUAUGACGCUGAUUUAUUUCUUUGUGAUUUAAAGUUUAUAGUCUUUUUAGCUAUUAGUCACCCUGUAUAUUUGACAGGCAAAUAGCGCUCGAAUUUGACAUAUUGGUGGAUAUUCGGUUGUGUGUUUUAACUACAGUUAUCUCUUUUUGAUCUCUGUAAGAAGAAAAGGACAACAACAUAACAUUUUGUCAGACAAUUAUUGGUACCUAUGUGGAAACAAAAGAAGUAUUUGCUUGGUGAGGAGAAUAUCUCAACCGAAUAUCCACCAUUAUUUAACCUAAUUGAACUUUAAAUUAUCCACUAGCCUAACAUAAUAAAGUAACUUAGCGCAUUACUAUGAAACUUAAAUAUUUUUAAAUCGUUAGUGAAUAGGUUUUAAUUUUUUCAAAUCUUCCAGUGUUCUCAUCACAUUAAUAAUAUGUUAUUUUUAAUAACUUUGAACCUUAUUUGGUGCUAACUGUAAUUGUAUUGUCGUUAAAGUGACGUAUACAGGCUGGUUAGGCGUUUUGUUUUUAGAAUGAAUCACAUAUGAUUCAUGACAAUUGAUUUCUUGUUUGUAGCAGAGAAAGGGUUAAAUAAAAUUUAGCUGUCGUUUAGGUGUUUAUUGAAAUCUUUUUUGGUAUUUUAUAUCGUGAAAUAAGUGGUGUAAUGUACGGAAUAGAAAUAUUUUCCCCGCCAAUGUAAUAUUGAUAACUUUAGAACAUAGUAAAGUUUAGCCACCCUGUAUAAGCUAUAUCCAUUAACGUGAAUGGAACAUCACCUAUUGAAAUAACCGAUAAGCAAUCCAUACAUCACUGCCAUUUUUAGAUAUUCAUUCCAACGAAAAUUUUUUAUUAGAAUAUGCCUUUUAAAACGAUGACAAAUUAGAGAUAUGCGCAGCUUAAAAUAUAUAAAAAAUACGCGCACACGAAAAAAUAUGUUCCUCUAAAUUUUUAGGGGGAACAAAUCGAUUAUUUUGUAUCUCUUUCUCUCUCUUGUACACAUUGUCAGAGCGAGAGAGACGGAUGUAUCGUGCACGUGUCAAUCGGUUAUUAGUGACGUAGUUUUACACUAAUUAACCCCUUUGCGUCGAUUGCAAUGAGUUAUAAACAGGACCAAACUCGAUUUUAUUGAUGUCAACAAAUAAAAAUGAUUAGUUACUAUUACGGUGUACAGUCAGCCUAAAAUAGUUCGUGACAUCCAAAGUAAACCAAUAAGUUCGCAACACGUCUUUGUUACAAUUAGAAUAAAGUUGUGUUGUCAUUUUUUCGGUCACUUGGAUGUCACGAAAUAUUUGUCGCUGACUGUACGUCAGUAAGUCAGUUCCACAGAUCAUGUUAAAUAUUGAGCUUUAUUCGCAUGUAAUAGAGUUCAAUUUUUAUCAAUUGUAAACAUACUGUAGUCCUAAAAACAAUGUCAAAUUAGCUUAUCACGAAUUUGUGGUAUUACUGGACCAGAUAUUUUAAUCCACUAAUUUUAUUCAACAUCUAACUGACAUUAAUAAUAUGUUAUUCGUAUUUGGUAACGAUAUGCUGUGAUCAGAGAUUAUAUUUUAGAGGUUAUUUUGAUUUUUAUUUAUCAAAAU